GACGGUUCUUCAUAAACAGCUCUUCAACCACCUCGGUAGCUUGCUAGCCAACAUAGCCGAAAGAUUCCAUCUGUUUAUACGCUUUCGGCGUAUAUUAGCUAAUAUGUUUUAGACACACUUCUGUCGUAUCGACUUGUUAACCUAUUUCAUUUAAUAUUACGUAAUUUUUUAUUAGUCAGCUAUAGCAGCUGGCUGUGUAAGUUAGCACUAGCAUGGUCACUAAUGAUAGCGAGCUAGCUAACAUCUCCGAACAUGAGCUCCCUAAACUUCUCCCCUCCUGUUAAAGAAGAGGAAGUCUGCUGGACGGAGGAAGAGGGUCUGUGGCUGAACGUUGUCGUGAAAGAGGAGGAAGAGGAUGUCAAAAUACAAAAACAAGUAGAGGGUGAGGCUGUUACAGUGAAAGAAGAAGAGAAAGACUCGUUUAGAGUGAAAGAGGAGGAUGUUACAGUAAAAGAAGAGGAGGAUGCAGUUUUUGGAGUGAAGAAGGAAGGGGAGAUUACUGUCACAUUGAAAGAUGAAGAAGAGGAGAUAGGAUAUCUGAUUAACACCAGAAAGAGACGUGACUAUCUUGGAUCCUCUGGGGAGCCUCAACAACCUCAAGAUGCUGACGAGGCAGAGAAAGGUCUCUCCAGAUCUGAACUCCUCAAGAAGCACCAGCAGAGACCCACAGGGAAAAAAUCUCACUGCUGCUCUGACUGUGGGAAGAGAUUCACCUCCUCAGCAGGCAUUACAAUUCAUCAAAGAAUCCACACAGGAGAGAAACCUUAUAGCUGUGAUCAAUGUGGGAAGAGAUAUCUUACAUGUAGCAGUCUAACUAAACACCAGAGAACACACACAGGAGAGAAACUUUUUAGCUGCUCUGACUGUGGAAAGAGUUUUGUUUCUUCAGGAUGUUUAGAAUCACACCAGAGAACACACACAGGAGAGAAACCUUAUAGAUGUGAUCAAUGUGGGAAGAGUUUUGUUACUUCUAGCAGUCUGACUAAACACCAGAGAACACACACAGGAGAGAAACCUUAUAACUGUAAACAAUGUGGGAAGACUUUUAGUCAGUCAUUCAGCCUGAUAUCACACCAGAGAACACACACAGGAGAUAAACCUUAUAGCUGUGAUCAAUGUGGGAAGAGUUUUGUUACUUCUAGCAGUCUGACUAUACACCAGAGAACACACACAGGAGAGAAACCUUAUAGCUGUGAUCAAUGUGACAAGAGAUACUCUAGCAAAAGAUCUCUGAUCAAACAUCAGAAAAAACAUACAUGAAGGAGUUGUUUCACGAUAUCAAUUAAAUAAAAUCUCAAAAUGUAGAAUGUUUUAACAUUGUAGUAGGAGUAUUUUAAUGAAGUCAUAAUGUAGAACCCUAAACGUUUGCCCCCUGUUCAAUUGAUUUCAGCGUGAUAUGGAUAUUAGCCUCGGGAAAAAUCCAGGCUCUGAAAUGGAAGAGUACUAUUUAUGUGGUCUAAGAAAAAGUGACUAACAAAAAAAGAGUUGUGUUGCACUUACCACGUUGGCGACCCACUUGAAUCAAUAUGUAGCUAGCUGUUUUCUACAAGUUGUCUUCUAACCAGUGAUGUACACAUUAUUCGCAGAUUCCGUGUGGUUUUUGAGCUGUUAGUUUGAUGAGUGAUGACAAAUAAGUGUUCCAUUUCUCCAAAAUGUAGCUGACUGUCUUCUGCAGGUUGUCCUCUAACCAGUGAGGUAACAGAUAUCUCCCAUUUUCAUUUGUUUUUUUUAGCUGUGUUAGUUUCAACAGCACGUACAACCUGAUUUUCCCCUAAUCGAAAUCAGGGAUUUAUUGCUACUCGUCAAAACAACAGUGUUUCUGGUGCUUGUGUAAUAUGUAAUAUGAUUAUUGUGGCAGGUGUUUGUUUAUAUUGUACAUGUUAUGUUUAAGUUUUCAAUAUAUCACAAACUGUUUCUGCAUAUUUGUUAUUGUUUGGACACAUUAAAAGUGUGUUUUGACAUUGGGGCUAUCCCACCAAAAUAGCAAAAUGUUGUUGACCAAUAUACGUUAGGUUUUAGUUGAAAUUAUGUGAUUUUUGUCAAUGACUUUAAAACUUAAUUUCAACGUACUUGCAGCCUAUACACAUGGACGCAGAAUAAUAAAUUGGCCAAUAGUCCAUUUUAUUAACAAUCUUACAUCACUCCAGUAUUUCUUAACAAAAUGUGACGCUAAUUGUCUUCAAGGAAGUUAGUUGUUCAACUGAAUGCAUCUUCCACAUUUAACCCAACCCCUCUGAAUCAGAGAGGUGCUGGGGGUUGCCUUAAUCAACGUCCACGGCAAGUUAACUGCCUUGCUCAGAACGACAUAUUUUUACAUUGUCAGCUCCGGGAUUCAGAUCCAGCAACCUUUCGGUUACUGGCCCAAUGCUCUAACCACUAGGCUACCUGCCACUACUGAAGAAGCAUGUCUCAAAUCACCUACUCAUAUUUCAAACAUCCAGCCUGACAAAAGAUACAUGUUUUAUUAUUCCAUGCUGCACCAAACCAUGAGACGGUUGAGCUAACGUAGUCUAAUGCAAUUAGUGUACGGUUGUAAGUUACAAGAACAUUUCCCAGGACAUGGAUAUAUCUGAUAUUGUCAGAAAGCUUAAAUUAUUGUUAAUCUAACAGCAAUGUCCAAUUUACAGUAGCGAUUACUGUGAAAGAAUACCAUGCUAUUGUUUGAAGAGAGUGCAUAAUUUUGAACAUGAAAACAUAUUAAAAAACAUUAGACACAUUUUAGCAGUCUUGAUACAUUUUUACAGAGAUGCAAUGGUUCAUUGGAUCAGUCUAAAACGUUGCACAUACACUGCUGCCAUCUAGUGGACAAAAUCUAAAUUGCACCUGGGCUGGAAUAAUACAUUAUGGCCUUUCUCUUGCAUUUCAAAGAUGGUACAAAAAAAAUGACAAAAACAGUUGUUUGUUUCUUUGUAUUAUCUUUAACCAGAUCCUUUCUGUUAUAUUCUCCUACAUUCCUUUCACAUUUCCACAACUUUCAAAGUAUUUCCUUUCAAAUAGUACCACGAAUAUGCAUAUCCUUGCUUUAGGGCAUGAGCUUCAGACAGUUACAUUUUGGUAUGUCAUUUUAGGUGAAAAAAGGGGGAUGGGGCAUAUCCUAAGUGAAUUAUUGCCAAUACAUAUGAACAAAGGGGUGUACAUUUGGUGUUGAUAUUUUAUAUUUAGAAUUCAUGUAUAAUAUUUAGUAAUCAUGAUUAUUUAUGCAACUAACUUACAAUUUUUGGGGACAAAUUAUAUUGACAUUGUUGCCCUGCUUUUAGAAUAUCAGGGUUCAUUCUCAGAUGUGCCAACUCAAAUGUAAAAGAGCAUGACAUUGGGGACUGGGCCUCGAUCCAACAACAUGCCUUUCGAGUGAACCCUGAAAAGAGAGUGAAGCUCCGCAGUGAGGUGGAAAGUAACUACAGAUAUUGCAGGAGUUUCCUCUUGAAAUCAGACAUGUCCGUGGUAAGGACAACUUGGUUGCUGAUUGUCUCAAGGGUGGGCAGUCAAAAAGUUUUGUGUUCUGCAUUUAGCCAGUGAGUUGCCAUGGAUCACAAUUUAUUUUGAUUUUCCGUAUUGGAGAUAUGUUUGGGCUCGUUCCAAGGGGACGAGAGUUCUAGAAGCUAGUAAGUUUUAGGAAGACGAGAGUUCUAGAAGCUUGUGGGGAAAAACAUUUUUUUUCUUGUUUUUAAUUAUUGACAGUCAGGUGACACCAUGUUUAUAUUGGUGAAGUUGAAGCAUUGUAGUUGAUUAUAAUGUGAAAUGGAAGUUGUUUUCUGUUGGUUGUAAGCAUUCUCUUACGGUGUUACAGUCUUUGGUUUUUCCAUUUAUGUUUUGAAGUUUGGAUUUUAGCACGUAUAUCUCGUGAUUGGUGUCACCUCGUUAGUCAGUAUGUGUUACACCUGUGCUGUCUUGUCCAUCUCAUUAGUGGGAAGGUGUUUCACCUGAGCUGUUCCAGGUUCUAUUUAAUAAGAGUGUCUGGCCCUGUGCUCCAGUUGUCUUGAUAGAUGUGGUGAGUCAACAACAUUAGUUGCACCACCGUUUUGGUUUGUUUCUUAGUUUGUGGGUUUUUCUUUUGUUUUCCUCUUGGGCAGAUUUAGUGGGUGUCAUGGUGGGUGUCUUUUAGGUCCCAGUUGUUGUUACUAGUCAACUUUCUGUGGACACUGAGUGCAAAACUGCAAGAUUAUGUUAUAAUACUUUUAUUGCCUCAAAUGGUUGUUUUAUGCAACAGAAUAGAGGGUUCUUAUAACUAUUGUGUCUGUGUGUUCUCCUAAGGAUGGGCCUCUGGGAGAAAACACUGACCGGAGAUUUACAAUAUCUUUUGGGUGAUAAAACCUAAAGAGACCGCAUUCCAGAGCAUGAGUUAAUGUUUCUGUUCUAUAUGGUACCAGGGAGAGAACCUCAGGGCCAGACCCUGGUCUCUACACAAAGAAUACUGUUUUUACAGCAGAUAUUGUCUGCUGAGAAUAAUAAGUAUCUUUCAUACAAAUCUUAAUCUUGUGACCCGUUCUAUACAUCUGUUGUUCGUCAUGUAGGUUGAAAGGGGUGUCUUGGCUAUAAAAGACCUUUGUAUCGUGGCUCUCAACGAAUCAUCUGGGGGUGAUUCGUCGACCAGCCAUCAUUAUCGUAGAGGACUCAAUUGAUUCACUUUAUGUUUGUGUGUUGUCUUGACCUGCUCCAUUAUUAAGUGAUUAAAGAUGUAGUUUAAGAAUAA